AAGAUGUCCGGCAGAGGCAAAGGAGGGAAAGGUCUUGGAAAAGGAGGCGCAAAGCGUCACCGCAAAGUUCUUCGUGAUAACAUCCAGGGGAUCACCAAGCCUGCAAUUAGGCGUCUGGCCCGCCGUGGUGGUGUGAAGCGUAUCUCUGGUCUCAUCUACGAGGAGACCCGUGGUGUGCUGAAGGUUUUCCUGGAGAACGUGAUUCGCGAUGCCGUCACCUACACCGAGCACGCCAAGAGAAAGACUGUGACCGCCAUGGACGUCGUCUAUGCUCUGAAACGCCAGGGUCGUACACUUUACGGUUUUGGUGGUUAAAGAUCAAAUCUCUCUCGACUUAA